AUGAGCAAGACCACUGCACCGAAACCAAUUGCUCCGGCUGGUGGUUCCGCUUGGAGGCAUUACCAGUCCAAAGAAGUGUUGGGCGCUGCAGGAUCGGCUGGCCUCAUCGGCAUAUUCUCGUAUGCAGCGGCUGUGGUGGGACGGCUGCUUCAUCCGUUGAGCAGCGCUUCGGCGGCCGGACGUCAAGACAACAAUGAGCGCGACACUUUUCAUGAGGCCUGCGCCUCAGAGGAGCUCUUGUCUGAACUUGGUGCACGACUUGGCAACUGGGUGUUGGUGGUGCCGCCGCGGACGAACUCGUUUGCUUCCAACGAUCCCUGUUGGCUUCGCCUGGUGGAUUCGUCGGAGGUUGUGCUUUGUCCACCCCCGCCGUGGCGGAAACGCAGAGAUUUGCCUUUGAUUCACUUGCCAGUCCAAAUCCUUGAGCUGUUAGGUGCCACACCAGGUCGUACAGAAGUUUCCGUCGCAUUUCGAGAAGGCUUGGAGCCUUUGGGGUGUUCCCGGCUGGUCCUUUCCUCCGUGCCCUUCCUGGGCCAGGAGACUGCCAUGAUGCGAUUUCGCAGCGAAGCGGCGCUACGAACGUUCUUUCAUGUGCCGCGUGUGCUGAGGCGAGGCGAGGUCUUCAGUGUCCCCCUUCAUGGCCUGCCGACGGCCCUCUGCGAGGUGGAAGUUCCGGCCGAUCCUACCAAGAGGCCCAAGCCGCAGCGUGCACCUCGCAGCGAUGAAGACGACAGCGUCUAUGAGAUGGCAGCUUGUGCUGGUCGACCACGGAGCUUCGUGAUAGACCCGCUGCAUGGCACGGCGUUUUGUCGCCUUCUGAGCUUUAAGGUGGAGGUGAUCGAAGGCCAGGGCGGCCAGGGAGCUCAGAGUUCCACUUUCCAAGUAGAUAACAAGUCCACUGAGAUCUCGCUGAAAGGGCGAAGCCAGGCUCGUGGCCUGCCGUAUUGCAGCUGCCACCUAUUUUGUCAGGCUCCGCCCAAGCCCUUGCCGUCAUUGCAAGGACCCACUGAACGAUUACUGGGGAUGCUGGUUCCAGGCGUGCGGGCGUGGGAACUUGGCACCGCCGAGAGUUUGCCAUCGGUUCUGGUCUCUGGACCCCGUGGAUGUGGCAAGCGCGUUCUGUGGCACAGUGUUUCAGAGCGUCUUGGGCUGCAUCUGCUCGAGAUCAGCUGCACAGCUCUUGCUGCGGAGGGCCUCGGGGCCCUAGAGGCCAAACUUCUGGAGGCCUUCGACCAGGCGGCGGGUCUAUCACCCUGCAUUCUGUGCCUGCGCAGGUUGCAUGCCCUUUCAAGCUCAGGGCCCGCCAUGUCUCCAGCCGCUACCUUGCUGCAGCAGCGCCGCAUUGAAGAUUUCCUCCAGACGACCCUGCAGAAGGCUCGAUCAAACUCGACGGGAGAGCGCAGCCCGCUGGUACUGCUUGCCGGGUCCUGUGAGAGUUUAGAUGAUUUGGGUGGGCCCAUCCGACAGAUCUUCGGUCAGGAGUUGGCUGUGUCCAGGCCAACCGAAGCCGCACGCAAGUUUGCGAUUCGCGCGUUGAUGAAGCGAGCGGAUGCUACACCGGACGCACCGGACACCGUCAUCCCGAAUGGGAAGUCCCAUUCAGCUGAUGCCCUGGAGAAGAAAGACGAGCCAUCUGUCAUCGCAGUAAUGACAAAGCUUACAGCCGGAUUGUCUUAUAGCGACUUGCGCUCGGUGUGUGCGGAGAUGGCGAUGCACUCUGUCUGUAACUUGGAAGCUGCGGCCAGUGCUGAGGUCCAGCAAACUAUUGAGCAGGCCGUGAAGCGAUUGCAGGGUGGCUCAAAGGUGGCAGUGACCUUGGCUUCCAAGAUACAGUGGGCCGACGUGGGUGGUUUGCAAGAUGCCAAGGAAGAAAUAAUGAACUGCAUCACGCUUCCACUCUCGCAAGGGCAGUUGUUCGAAGGCCAGAAAGUUCGAAGUGGCGUCCUGCUCUUUGGGCCUCCAGGCACUGGCAAAACGCUGCUGGCAAAAGCGGUUGCGACUGAGUGCAAGGUCCAUUUCUUGAGUGUGAAGGGGCCAGAGUUGCUCUCCAUGUACAUUGGCGAAAGCGAGAAGAAUGUCAGGUCCUUGUUUCAAAGUGCCAGAGACUUGGCUCCCUGCGUUCUCUUCUUCGAUGAGCUCGACUCUCUGGCUCCUGCUCGAGGUCGAGGCAAUGAUUCCGGUGGCGUUAUGGACCGCGUGGUGUCGCAACUGGUGACAGAACUCGACACUAUGCCAUCCACUGUGUUCAUGGUCGGGGCCACAAAUCGACCUGAUCUGCUGGAUCGCUCAUUGUUGCGGCCGGGCCGCUUGGACCGGAUGGUGUAUCUUGGCAUCGCAGCCGAUAAGCUACCUCUGCUCUCUGCCAUUACGCGAAAGUUCGUAUUGGAAGAGGCCACGCCGGCAAACGGGGAUGCGAAACGCGGGUCGACUCCACUUGCUGCCGUUGCUGAGGCAUGUCCGCCAAACCUCACUGGGGCGGACGUGUCAGUCUUGUGCGCAGAUGCUUACGGCAUUGCGCAGCGGGAGCAUAUCGCCAAGCUGCAUGAAGCCGCUGACUUGCUACAGACUCCGAUCAGCACCUUCCUGCUCUUUCUGGAUGCGCUGGAACUUCACCUGGCAAGUGCUUUGCGCGGCCCUCGUACCCCAGAGACCUUGCGACAGCUGACCCCUUCGCAAGGGACCCCACUGGUGCAACUGUUUCCAGCUACAGAGGAGGCCGCUGACUCUCAGCGAGCGCCAGCCUUGCGGCUUUAUGGCGCUGAGGCUCAGGAAGCCUUUGUGCUUGCACACUGCGCCGGCAGCCUCGGGGCUGGAGGUUCUUGCGCCGUUGCCUGCGGCGCCAAAGAAGGCCUUGAAGGCUUGGAGGACUUGUCUCGCAGAUGGCUUGCCCACAGCCGCGCGCCCGGCUCCAGUGAGCCUUCAACCUUGAAGAGGCUGUCCGGAUUCAACAUAUUAUAUCCCCUGCAAGUCCAGGUUGGCUUGAGGCACUUUCAGCAAGCCCUCUCGAACCUGCAGCCAUCCGUGCCCUUGGAAGAUCUGCAGCGCUAUGAGCAGCUGCGUGCGGAGUAUCAGAACACCAAGGGCUAA